UGGGUCGGGCAGUGCGCAGACUCGAGUUCGCGUUCAUUUCAUUCCAGUUCUCAUUCCUGGAAUUCUUGCGAGUGCUGUGCCGUUCACCAGCUCUGCAACUCACUGCAAUAAAAAAAACACACCCCAACAAAAAAAAAUACACCCCCUCAACAGCAAGUUACCAAACUUUUCUUUUUCUUUAAAAAAAAAUAAUAUUUUUUAUGCAUUUAUAAGAGCUUUUAAAAAAAUAUCCUGAGGGGGAAGAAAGAGAGAAGGAGCGGCGGAGCUGGAGAUUUCUUGUUGUGUGGGGGGUGGGAGAGAGGGAGAGUGUUCACCGCUUGGGCCUGGCCUACUCAGCUCUGCCUCACCGCCGACUUGUUGCAAAUCCCAGGAAAACUCGAGAGCUUUCCUCUUUCUCUGUCUCUCUCUGAAUUUUCUCCUGGUUGGGCUCCAGGCUUAAGGCUUGGAGAAAUCCACUGGCGCCAUAGAUUCCAACAACUGGAGCGGCAGUGAAAGUCCUGCCGAAAACCUCGAGAGAAUGACAGAUUCAGCUGAUAAGCCGAUGGACAAUGAUGCAGAAGGUGUCUGGAGUCCUGACAUAGAGCAGAGUUUCCAGGAAGCCCUGGCCAUCUACCCACCAUGUGGAAGGAGGAAAAUCAUUCUCUCAGAUGAAGGCAAAAUGUAUGGUCGUAAUGAGUUGAUAGCCAGGUAUAUCAAGCUAAGAACAGGGAAGACACGCACUAGGAAGCAGGUGUCUAGUCACAUACAGGUGUUAGCAAGGAAGAAAGUUCGGGAAAUUCAAGCUGCCAUAAAGGUAACCAACAUGGAUCAAGCGGUGAAGGAUAAAGCCCUUCAGAGCAUGGCGGCAAUGUCUUCUGCACAGAUUGUAUCAGCAACAACUAUCCAGCAUAAGCUGGGCCUACCAGGUAUCGCUCGCCCAUCCUUUCAAGCAGCACCUGGGUUCUGGCACAGUGUGAUACCAACAGGACAACCAGGAUCCUCACAGGAUGUGAAGCCCUUUGCUCAACAGCCGUACGCAGGCCAACCAGCAGUUACAACACCCAUUUCAGGUUACGAAUCCACAGCUGCCCCAACUCCCUCAGUCCCAGCAUGGCAAGGCCGAUCUAUCGGAACAUCCAAACUUAGACUUGUGGAAUUCUCGGCCUUUCUCGAACAGCAGAGGGACCCAGACUCAUACAACAAACACCUCUUUGUACAUAUUGGACAGACCAACCAUUCCUACAGCGACCCUUUGCUUGAAUCUGUGGAUAUUCGCCAAAUUUACGAUAAGUUCCCAGAGAAGAAAGGUGGCCUUAAAGAACUAUAUGGGAAAGGACCCCAUAAUGCUUUUUUCCUUGUGAAAUUCUGGGCUGACUUGAAUUGCAAUAUUCAAGAUGAUGCAGGAGCAUUUUAUGGAGUCACUAGUCAGUAUGAGAGCUCAGAAAACAUGACAAUCACUUGCUCAACCAAGGUUUGCUCAUUUGGAAAACAAGUAGUUGAAAAAGUAGAGACUGAGUAUGCAAGGUUUGAGAAUGGGCGUUUUGUAUACAGAAUAAACCGUUCUCCCAUGUGUGAAUAUAUGAUCAACUUUAUUCACAAGCUUAAACACUUACCGGAAAAGUACAUGAUGAACAGUGUUUUGGAAAACUUCACUAUUUUGUUGGUGGUAACAAACAGGGAUACACAGGAGACGCUUCUGUGCAUGGCGUGUGUUUUUGAGGUCUCAACCAGCGAACAUGGAGCACAGCAUCACACCUAUCGGCUUAUGAAGGAGUAGUCCUCGGAAGAUUCAUUCCCUUCUGGAGAGAAAAGAAACACACAGCUGCAGCUCAAUAGACUUAAAACCUCAUUACAUGUGGCAGUGCCUCAAAUCAAUUGAUACACCAAGAACACAUCUGAGUUUUGAUGUGGGUAGCCUUUUUAAUGUGUGUGAGUGUGAGCGUGUGUGUAUAUGUACAUCAACAGCUGUGAAUUAUGGUACCUUGUGAUAGCUUUUUAUAUUGAAUUCCAUGUGCUUCAAAAUGUUUUUUUAAAGAAAAAUGCCUGUUUGUUGGAUACUACAUUAUGAAAAUUGGACUGUCAUGUCUGAAAAAAUUUCUUUUAGUAAUUGUGGGAGUGUCGCCUAGUCAGUACAGGUUUUUCUGUGGCAACAGAAGAUACAAAAAAAGAGAACAUAAUGAUUGUAGACACAAUGCAUUUAACUGUGGGAUGACUGUCUGCCUAUGUAAAGAUAAUUUAUUUAAAGAGGUUUUUUUCCAAAGAUGGUAUAUUCACAGGUAUAUAUUUAUCAAGAUGUGAAUAUGCAGGAGAUAGCAUCAGGAUGAAGUUCGUGGCUUCAAGUCAACAGGUUUUGCAAUGUUGGUGAGAGAAUGUCAGUCAUUUAACAGUCACCAGAUCUAUUUGCUUUCAGGUUCCUUUUUUUAGUAAAAACAAAAACACACACUCCUUAUUUUUUAGAUGUUAUUUAAAUUGGAAUACAUAACAUGCAAUACUAACUAAAUGGAAAAUUCAAUCAACACCUAUAGUAAAAGUCGCCAAACAAUCUUCAAAAUGACAGUAGAUGCUACGUUUUUAGAACUGAGAGGGCAGACCCGCAACAGAAGUAUAUCCAUUAUUGAUUGGUUGAUUCAAUCAGUUUCAACCACUUGAUGUGACAAUAUUCUUCAGUAAUAUCUUCAGAGAAUGCACAAUUUUUAAAAACUUUUUAUUUGCAGCAAAAACGAUGUUAUUUUCAGAGCCUUGUUAGAGGUAGCUUCCCAAACAUGUGUAAAUGCAAAACUGUUCAGGCACUACGAAGUUUCUGAAGAUUCAAGCUCUUUGCUUUGCGAAUAUACAUGUAAACGUUAAAAUCAGAGUUCUGAUAUGUAAAGAUAAAAAAGUUCACUUUUCACAGGAAAAACCAAGAAUUUGUCCACCUGGCCCUUUCCGACCCACAAAUAAGUCUUAGCUCAGUCCUGGUGAUAGUUUGCAGGGGAUUUAUAUUUGUAUACAGAUAGGUGGAGUAUUCUCUUAGAUCCUGGAUCAGGAUGAAAUGGGGGCUUUCUAAUACCAAAAUAAAACAGUGACCAUAUGACAAUUUUUGAUGAGAAUACUGUGAAGUAGAAAAAACAGCACAGUGUGUUAGUACAUUUCUAUAAUUCUAUUUUGUAAUAGUCUUUGGAAAUUUACUUUGGAAAAAGAAAGUGUAUUUUUUGCGCCUGGGAGAAGUGAAUGUUUAGAAAAACCACAGGGAGUUAGUUCAGUGCUCAAAAAUAUGGUCCCAAUUUAUGUUUGUAAAGUUGCUCCCUUCAAGAGGCUUGCAAGUGAACCAGUGUGAUUUGUGUUCUUGAGUUGAUGAUUGGUUCGGUGGUGUUUAUUUCUGUGGGCUAAAAGAAACUGCCAGCAAGAAUUGAGCAGCAUUACAUUCAGGCAUACAAGGGGACUAAAGAGGUUUCUCUGUCCUGAGCACUUGAUUCCUUUCGAGAUGCGAAAUACUCUUGUGGGCUGUCUCAGUUUUUCUUGUGUUUCAACUUUGGUACUUGCAUGUGUAACCAGAUGUGCAUUUUCCACGUUAACUCAGCAGGUAAGGUAAUGAUCAUGUAAACAAACCAGUUUAAUGUGUCGGCUUUUGGAUUUAAGUUGGAACUUCUGUAAUUCGAAAUAUUUGGCAGUGGCACAGUCACUAAUUGUUCAUUUUUAGGGACUUGAGAAAAUGCCAUGGUUUUAAAGCAUUUUGUCUUCACACAAUUAAACUUGUAAAUGAAAAACACUGUUGUGAUCACAGUUCAUUGUAAGAAAUCAGUGAAAUCCAAAUAAGAUGUUAUUGAGGCUGAGAGUUCUUUCCUAUGCUGGAAGUUUCUAAUACGUUAUUAGUAACGUUUUUUCCUGAUAUAAUUUUAAUUCAGUGCUGCCAAAGCGUAGAUUAAUCAGUGCCUUAAUAGCAUACAAUGGGAAAUACAGACCACCCGUAGGUCUACAUGUUUAAAUUGGAGAAUUUGUGCUUUGAGAUUUGUUAUGUGCUAUGUCUUGUCACUUGGUAGUUUCCAAUAUACCUGUCUUGUGAUUGGUGAAUCCAAACACAUUUUAAAGGUAUUUUGAGAAGUUGUUACUUAAAGUGCAUUACAUUGUUGCACCAACUAUAUGCCAGUGACAGAUGAUCACUUUCAAUUCAGUCAAACAAGGACCUUAUUUCACAGUUUGGAAUACAACCAGCACAAAACAGAUUGUAAGUGUAGCGAGCUGUUUUGUCACAUGCCUUUACUAACUAAUGACCAAAUAACGAUCUUCAUACAUUUCCUGCACUCCAGCACGUAAGUGCCUUUGUUUUCUGAUAUUCCAGCCUAGAAAAGAUCUGUGUUCAGUCAAGUGAAAAACAAAUUGUGUGCAGACCAGAAACCAAAUAAGAAAUAAAUGUGAUCACCUUUAAUGCCUUUUACUGAGCUGAGUAUUGCAAGCAAAUUGAAAUGGAAUAAAUCUGAUGUUGACAUUUAGAAGUGUGUUCAGAGAAAUAAGAUGAAUUCAAAAAGGUUAAAAAAUUGUACAGCGGAAGCAAAAAAAAACAAAAUUAUUGUAAUUUAUUUUUUUAGCGUAUGUUGUAAAGUUUGAAUCUUAGUGGAUUUUCACAGUUGUAUGAGAAAUCCUGAAAAGAUUAUUGGAUAAAACUUUGCAGUACUGUAUCAGCAUCAAGAUUGCAUGGAUACAGUGCCUGUUGUGGAAGUAGGAGAAUCUUUGGAUUGUAUAUUAAAUGAUCCUGAUUAAGUUAUCCUUUUAAGAAAUAUACAGUGCUCACCUCCAACAUCAUGUAACUACAGAUUAAGUAUUGUUUUUAUUUUACAUAAAAAUAGGUAGAAUAUACAGCACAAAUACAAACCCUUGGCCACAACCAACCCAACCAGCUUCCUUCAUCUCACAUCUUUUCAUCCAGUUAGCGGAUCCUUGUAUUCCUUUCUCUUUUGUGUUAUUACCCAACAUGCCCAAUAUAUCUGUCUGUUCACCCACUUUCUGUUGUAGUAAAGUCCACAUUCUGUCACCACUCUCUGGGUGAAGAAUUUUCUCCCGAAUUCCCUGUUGAAUUUAUUGGUAAUUACCCAGAGCAGAUUGGGUAAUAAAUAUAUCAGGGUCAUUCAUAAUUUUGAAAACCUUUUAUUGAAUCUUACUUUAGCAUUCUCCACCCUAAGGAGAACAAUCCUAGCUUCUCCGUUCUCUCAUAAUAAUCUGAAGUCCCUGAACCCAGUUACCAUUAUUUUGAAUCUUGUCUUCGGACUGACCAAUGGACUGUUUAAUCCAUGAGCAAUCAGGUCUAGAUUUAGUUAGCAGUAGUUUUGUGUUCUUCCUAUGUGCUGUUGAUCUUUAUCAAUAUCUAUCUGGAGAUUCCACCCAUCACAGCAAUGACUUGGAUCUUGAUGGAUGUGUAUUCACUUGGGUUUUAAGGUUGGAAGAUGCGUGGCUCUUUGUGUUUGCAUAGAGUCUGCAGCACAGAAGCAGGCCAUUUAGCCAAUCGAUUGGUGCUUGUGUUUAUGCUUCACAACAGCCUCCUCACACCAAUCAUCUUCUAAACCUAUCAUCAUGUUCUUCUAUUCUUUUCUCUUUCGUCUGUUUAUCUAGCUCCUCCUAAAUACCCCUGUGCUGUACACCUCAACUAAUUCCUGUGAUAGCAAGUUCUUCAUUCUUAUCACUCCUGUAAUCUGGACUUUUCACAAGCAGAAACAUUAUCCCUACAUUGACUGUCGUGAACUCCUCAAACAUGUUAAAGACCUCCUAUAGCAUUGCCUCUGAGCUUUCCCUAUUCUAUAGCAUGAUGGAAAUCAUUGUCCAUUAUUGAUUGGAUAGGUGUAAUUUCCAGAGUACAUGAAGUGUACUCAGAAAUCCUGGGAAUUCUGGUUCAGAGCGUCCUAUUUGACAAUUUGUCAGAUAUUGUGAGUGCUUUCUAUCUUUGAGCUUAAAGAAAGAACAACUUAAAUACACUUAUACAGUGUUUUUUAUGACCACUGAAUGUUCCAAAGGGCUUUACAACCAAUAAAGUAAUGUUGGAAAUGCAGCAGUCAAUUUAUUUACAACAGGUUCCCCACAAACAGCAAUGUGUCCAUGGCCAGGUAAGAUGUUUUAGAGAUGCUGAUUGAGUGACAUGUAUUCGUUAGGAUUCUGGGGAUAAUUCCACUGCUGUUCUUCAGAAUCAUGCCAUGGUAUAUUUUAUGUCCACCUGAGAUGGAGGGGUGGGUUUCAGUUUUAACCUUGUUCCUACAAGAAACAAAUCAGGAAUGUGUUGGAAUACUCUCCAUUUGCUUGGAUGAGUGAAGUUUUGCCAACAACGAAGUAGCUCCAGAACAUUCAGGACAAAUCAAUUAUUGUGAUUGACACCCUGUUCACCACUUUAACCGUUCAUUGCACCACCAGCUUGUGGUGGUAACUGUGUAUGGCAUCUGCCACUUGCACUGUAGCAACUUAUAAAGAAUAAUUCGACAGCACCUUUGAAAGUCCACAAUGCCGAUCUCUUAGAAAUAUAAAGGCAUCAGAUAUGUGGGAACAUGUCCAGCUGCAGGUUCCCGUCCGAGUUAAUUCAUCCUGAUUUGGAAUUAUAUUGUCAUUCCUUCACUGUCGUGGAGUCAAAAUCCUGGAACUUUAGCCCUGACAGCACUAUGGAUGUCACCUACUCCUCAAGGUGUGUAGCGGAUUAAGGCAGCUGCUCAAAGGGAAUAAUGGAUGGGAAACAAAUGCUGGCAUAGUCACAAUUCUCACAUCCCGUGAGAAAAAAAAGACUUAGUGACAGGGCAGCACCCCCUUUGCAUGUACUGCUAGCAAAUAAUUUUUGUACUUAAGUUGCUGGAUGGGACUUGAACCUGGAACUUUGUGAUUUUGUGGUGAGAAUGCUCUUGAGUGAAUCUUUUGGAGGGGACAUGGGAGGACAAAAAGCAGAGAAAACCUCAAAGUCAACCAUAAAUCACCCCCCUCAACGCCCCCCCCCCCCCCC